UCGGAGGGCGGGAGCCAGCCUGUGUCUGAGGAGGAGACAGCUGUAUAAGUAGGGGUGAGAGAGCUGGGAGAGGGCAGACAGUUGGAAAACACGACACAGGCAAGACCAGAAAGUAGAGCAGGCAUGACGACCUCCUUGCCACCAGCAACCAGUCCCUCUCAGCAAACACUAAACCCAGAGGAUGAAGAUGGCAUCCUGGAUGAGUGCGACCAGUACAGCCUGGCCCAUCCUUACGUCGCGGUCGGGGGAGGUCGGAAAGGUCGUACCAAGAGAGAAGCUGCUGCCAAUACCAACCGCCCUAACCCUGGUGGACACGAGAGGAAGCUGCUGAGCAAGUUCCAGAACUCUGAAAGGAAAAAGGCCAGGCGCUGAGGCAGAGCUGCAGAUGAGGCCAGACCACAGACAUCACACCCAGCAAUGGAUACAGGACAACCACACCCAGCAAUGGAUACAGGACCUUGGAGAAAUUGGGAGAUACAGGCAGGACCAAGGCCUGCUUGACUCCUUCCCGCCCUAGUGAGGUUCUGGAGAUGGGGUACCAAAAAAGCCCUUCCAGACCCAGCAAAAGGGCAAGAUAGGAGCAAAGAGCAGGGGAAGGAUGGGGGAGCUAGCACCCCCAAAAAGACAUGUGAGCGAAACCAGAUGCCUCUAGGGGGCAGUGACAAUAAAC